UUAUUUUUUGUAGUAAAGUAAUCAAAGUGGGGGUGGCGUCAAGCCAGGGGUACAUUUAUUAUUAUUUUUUUAAAUCAUUAGUGAUACAUUUUUCAUCUUGAAUUUAAAAUGGCACAAGACAUCACACCUCAGUUGCAACAAUUAGAAGCUGCUGCCAAAAUCAUGUUGGCUCCUCCAAACAUAGUUACAAACGAGCAGAGACAUGCCGCUGAAGCUGUGUUUUUAAAUUUUAGAAAGACUCAAUCUCCUUACGCCAUUUGCAAACAUAUAUUUGAAAACUGCACAGUGGACUAUGUGAUUUUCGAGACAGCGGGCACUCUGAAGGAUGCUUUAGUGAGGGAAUGGAAUAGUCUAAGCAGUGAGGAUAUCUCUACGCUACAACAGUACUUGCUUCAAUACGUCAUCAGCAAACCGACACUGCCAGUCUUUGUGAGGGAGAGGAUACUGCAGGUGAUAGCCAUAAUGAUCAAACGAGGGAGCGUGACCGAUUUCGGAAUGGAACGAGGCAAACUUCUAACGGAAGUAGAACAGCUGAUCAUGAACAGUAACGACUUGCCCAAGCAAGUUUUAGGCUGCAGCAUAAUCUCGGCACUUAUUCAAGAAUAUGCGACCACUGUUAAGUCUUCAGAUGUCGGUCUUACGUGGGAGACACAUUUCAAAGCAAAAAAACAGUUUGAGGCCACUGAUUUGAAGCGUAUCCUGCAGUUUACUGUGAGUGCGUUGAGUGAGAUCGCCAAACUGACAUCUCCAUUCCCACAACCGGCCGUCACAUUGUUGAAACAUCUGUUGAGCAUCUCGGACACAAUCCUAAACUGGGGCUUCAUCUCCGCUCAUCUGCCCAAAAGACUCAUCGGCGUGUUUGAGGUGGUGUUUGAAGCAGACAGCAGUCCAUCACUAAAGCUCGGACCUCGAUGGAAAGAUGUUAUUUUGGACCCGAAUCUCACCAACCUUUAUUUUGACAUUCACUGGAAAAUACGCGACAAUCCGACUUUGGCACACCACUCUCUCAGCUGUCUGGUACAACUGGCAUCCCUUAACGGCCCUGUCAUGUCGUCCAAAGAGGUGCAGAUGAACUACAUCUGCAACUACCUGCAGGCAUUCAUCAGAUUUGUAUCCAAUGUACAGCUACUAGACAGAGAGGCGUUGGGUAUCAGUAACAUUGUACGCAAGGUGUUGUUGUUCUACCCUCCGUCCAUCCUCAUCACGCUACCCUCAGACAUUCUCCAGGCGUUUCUUCAGACUCUUACCCGGUUGACUUGCCUAUUUGCCGAAGGAGCAGCUCAGGAAGAAUCUAUCUGUGUCGACGACUGUUUUUUCCUGGAAGCAUUCGACAACAUGUUGAAGGCGUGGACUACCGUGCUCGGAGAUGCUCAGAUUUUUCCGGAGGACUUUUGUAAACAGUCUUGUGUGCAGAUAUUCAAUACAUAUCUACAAUCUCACCUGUCACCCCCUGAUGGAACUAGAGGCACGGGUAGAGAUGUGGACUCUGAGGAGAUAGAUGAGACGGAGGAAGAUGACCAGGUCAAGUUUAGAGAUCAGCUGCAGUCAAUCGGAGUUCUUGGCCGCCAGAUCCCUGGACAUGCACUGCCACUACUGGCCAAGCUGUUGGAAGAUCGCACGUCUCGUCUACACUCCCAGCUACAGCGGAUUCAUAUGCAGGCUCUCAAUAUCUCAGAGUCCGCUAUUAUAGACUGUCUGUUUGAGGAUAUACACUGGCUGCUGCUCAUUACAGGUCACGUGAUCUGUAUGGAGAGUGAAGGAGAGACUGCCUUGAUACCUAGCGAGAUCAUGCACUACAGCAUACAACAGUCGACCAACAACAGUGUGAACAUAGACACUACGCUGGCACUGCUGGGGUCUCCGAGCCAGAGCAUCUCUGAGAUACCCGGUGCUGAACAGUCGGCCGAUCACGUUGUGAGACUCGUGGCCGCCGUACUCAGGUACUGUGAGGUGGAGAUGAAGGUGGUGGAGGCCAAACUAGCACAUCUUCUCAGUCCUCAGGUUAGCAGCACAGUUCUGUGGUUCCUUAGACAAUGGGCGUUGUCCUAUCUGCUUCCCACCGAAACUUACUAUUCCGAGAUCAGUCUGCCACUUGUGACAGCCUUCGGGCAAGGAACGAACGGUGCGAUGUGGACUACCAACUAUCUGCUCAAAAAGGUUGAGUCGAAUCUGACGUCUUUCAGUUGGGAGCCUAACUUGGUGAAGGAGAGUGUACAGCUGCUUACGUCCCUGGUGGAACUCAGAGACAAAGGCGCUGUGGUACUCAAGUGUGAAGGGUUCUGGCAGAUAGUUAAUCUACAGAGCCGACUAGAGCGGGGCUCGUUGCCUCAGGCUGCAAGACGGGGUCUCAUGAAAGCCUUUGUCUUGGCGGGGGCAGCUCUAGAUGAGGCUCAAAAGCGGGAAGAGUACUGGUUACAGAUACUCAAACCCCUUCAAGAGAGGUUCAAAAACAUAGUUUGUCAGGAGAAUUUCAACCAAACAUACCAAGAUGAUAAGACGAGGAAUGAAGUGAUAGACAUAUUCGAGUCUUUUAUCGGAGUUGUGCAAGGAUCCCAAGUAUCUACAGUACAGUCACUUUUUGUCUUCCUCUCUCCGAUGUUGUACGAGUGUGCUUCCGUCCUCUCCGUCUACCGCAACUAUCAGCAGAUUGUAGAACUUUUGCUGCAAUUGUUCUGCGAGUGUGCUCGGUCCAUGCUGUGCUACCUCACACGAGCAGAAAGUAGGCAGAUGUAUGAGUGUUGUUUGUCCACAAUACAAGCCUACGCCAGGUGUAACUUGGGCAAGCACAGUCAAGAUGCAGCUGCUGAAGAAGAGUCUUUCUCCGACAUUCAGCUUCUAAUGGAGCUGCUGACCAAUCUUCUUUCCAAAGACUUCAUUGAUCUUAGUCCGCCAGAGGAUGGCCUUUCGUCGAGUGGCGAUAACCCAAACCUCACGGCAGGCAACGUUUGCUUGUAUGGGCUCAACACGAUCAUGCCUCUAAUGACCAUGGAUUUACUCAAGUUUCCAUCCUUGUGCCUUCAGUAUUUUAAGAUGAUCACGUUUGUAUGCGAGAUGUACCCAGAGAAGGUGUGCUCUCAGUCAGAAGGUCUGCUAGCCAGUGUGUUGCUGACAGUACAGAUGGGACUGCUGACACUAGGCCCCGAGGUGACCAAUAUGUGUUGUGACUUCAUCCAAAGUCUGGGCACUCACCUGCACCUGCAAGGCCAGAGAGGAAGUCCCGCCUACCAGGCACUGCGGCCGUUCUUGAAGAUGCUGAUGGACCUCAUUUUGUCCCAUCAAAUCAACUCAGACCAAGCUGGACCAGCUCUCUUCAUACUGAUAUGUUGUUAUCAGGAGGAUUAUCAAGAGAUAGUCCAGAACCUGAUCAACAGCCAGACAGAUUCAGAAACUGCGCAGAGGUUAGCGGCGGCCUUUACAGAACUGACGACCAAUGUCACUCUCAAUACAGAACGACCGCAGAAGAUGAGGUUUAGAGAUAACUUUGACAAGUUCAUUGUCAAUGUCCACGGCUUCCUACUCGUCAAGUAAAUUUGUGAUAACUACACAGUAGCUUCGUUGUCAAACCAGUUUUAUGGUUUGUUUCUUAAUUAUGUACAAAUAUUUAAAACAUCAUGUGAUUCCACUGUACAAUGUACGUGUAAAAUUUUUCAACAAUUUUUAUACGAUAGACUCGCUUCACAUAAUUGUUGUAGCUUUAAGGUUAUGUACAUAGUCACGUCUCAUCAACA